UUUCUUUUAGAAACCACCCAAUAAUAACAAACGCAGAGCAGUCAAGCUCAAGCACAUGUCCAUCAAUAUUCUUUCAUGAACCCGCCUUAUUCCCCUUCCUUUCAUAAUCUAGAUCCCACACAGAACAACUAGAACAUUGACCCACAUUGCUUCUAUCUUUGACCCCACUCAAAUCCCUUCUUCUUCUUCUUCUUCCUUCAUUCAACAGAGACCACAGUUUUAGCAACCCCUUUUACUUGUUUCUAAAGCUCAUCACCAUGCACAAAAGCUCUUCAGGCUCCACUCUAGGCCCAGGGGGCUUGGACCUAACCCAAACCUUCUUCAAACCCAUCACCUACGCCGCCCCUCCCUCCCCCACCAAGCGCCACACCAAGAUCUCCGUCAUCGGCGCCGGCAACGUCGGCAUGGCCAUCGCUCAAACCGUCCUCACCCAAGACCUCACCGACGAGCUCUCCAUCGUCGACAACAAACCCGACAAGCUCCGCGGCGAGAUGCUCGACCUCCAGCACGCCGCCGCCUUCCUCCCUCGCACCCGGAUCAACGCCUCUGUCGACUACUCUGUCACUGCCGGCUCCGAUCUCUGCAUCGUCACCGCCGGAGCUCGCCAGAUCGCCGGCGAGUCCCGGCUCAACCUCCUGCAGAGGAACCUCUCCCUCUUCAAGCAGAUCAUACCCGCUCUGGUUCGUUACUCCCCGGACUGUGUCCUCAUCAUCGUUUCCAACCCCGUCGAUGUCCUCACCUACGUCGCUUGGAAGCUCUCCGGGUUCCCACCCAACCGGGUCAUCGGGUCGGGCACCAACCUUGACUCCUCUCGCUUCCGUUUCCUCAUCGCCGAUCAUCUCGACGUCAACGCUCAGGACGUGCAGGCUUAUAUAGUGGGAGAACAUGGGGAUAGUUCUGUGGCGUUGUGGUCAAACAUAAGUGUUGGGGGUGUUCCGGUGAUGAGUUUUCUGGAGAAACAACAGAUUGCGGUUGAAAAAGAGACGCUGGAGAAUAUACAUAGGACAGUGAUAGAGAGUGCUUAUGAAGUUAUCAGUCUGAAAGGGUACACUUCGUGGGCAAUUGGGUACUCAGUGGCUAGCUUGGCGCGUUCAAUUCUGAGGGACCAGAGGAAGAUCGACCCGGUGUCUGUUCUGGCAAAAGGGUUUUACGGCAUAGGUGAUGCAGAAGUGUUCCUGAGCUUGCCUGCGCAGCUCGGGAGAGGAGGGGUGCUGGGUGUGACCAAUGUGCACUUGAAUGAAGAGGAAGAGCAGAGGCUCAGGGACUCUGCCAAGGCCAUCCUUGAGGUGCAGUCUCAGUUGGAGAUUUGAAUUUUCUGUCAUGAAACCACAUAGAUGAUGCAAUCAGUAUCACCUUUGGCACUGAGUGGUAUUUGAUUUUGUCCUGGUUUUCCCCCAUCAUGAUGUGGUUUGUCCUAAAGUUUUUUUGUUUACCACUUUGUGUCCAUAAUGCUGGCUGGAUCUGGUGAGAAUGUAUUUACUAGAAUCGUGGUCUUUCUGUCUCUUGUUACUGCCCCACAUUAGAUAGUUGUAACUUGAAAGUGCUUUUCUAAUGAAAAAUAACUCUUUGUAAUAUUAUGUUUAACCAAUAUAAAUUUCACAAGUUUGUGUGCCAA